AUGUUGAACAAUAUGAAUAAUUUUGAACUAAUAGCACAAGGUGCUGAAGCACGUCUAUACAAAGGUGAUUAUUUAGGAAAGUCGACAUUAAUCAAAGAAAGGUUUGAAAAGAAAUAUAGACAUACAGAUUUAGAUACUCGUCUUACAAAAGAUCGAAUAAGAGCUGAAUGCCGUGCUAUAAUUCGUGCUAAAGCAGCAGGAGUAGCUACACCAGCUAUAUAUUUGGCAAAUUUGGAACGACGAUGUAUUUACAUGGAGUAUAUAGAAAACGCUACAGUAUUGAAAGAUUUUAUUGAUAAAAGCAUUUCGAAGAAAAUUAAUGUCGAUCGUUUGCUAAAUUUUAUAGCACAGGGACUUGGAGUGCUUAUUGCUAAAUUACAUUCGAAAAAUAUAAUUCACGGGGAUUUAACUACAUCGAAUAUACUUUUGCGAAAUAUUGAUGAAGAAGUAGAUUUUGAAACAUAUGAUGCAACAAACAACUUUGUUAUAAUAGAUUUUGGAUUAGCAUGGAUAGAGUCAAGCGCAGAAGAUAAAGCAGUUGACAUGUAUGUUCUCGAACGAGCAUUAUCAAGUGCACAUUCAGAAAUACCCUUUUUGUUUUCAAAGAUAUUUCAAAUUUAUCAAGAAUAUUAUACAAAUAAAAGUCAAUGUAAAGAAGUCAUUUCUAAAUAUAGGGAAGUACAAUCACGAGGACGAAAACGAUUAAUGAUCGGUUAA